CCGUUCAAAGCUGUUCGCGCACGCCGUAACCAACCAAUGAAAUCAUCGCGCAGCCCACGCUACAAACCCUCGCUUCUCAAUCCUCGUCGUAUAUAAGGUUUAGGCUUCACUGUGCUUGUUUCAAACUUAGGCAAUGACCGGUCGUGUUCGUUCGUGUUGGAUUUAUAUUUUUAUUUUGUUCCCAAUGUGUUAGUGUUUACACGUGAUAAUUUGAAAACAGUUUCCGAGAUUUACUCUUGUUCGCCUCAGCACAAUUUUUAUUUGGGUGAUUAUAAUUUUUCUAUAUUUUUGACUCAAUGUCAGUCAAGCUUGCCAAGUUGAUCAUGUUCAAUUUCGACGAAAACGUGAAGCGGACCUCCAACGUUAAGAGAAACCUUUUCGGUACGCCCAAGAAGGAUACGCUCAAUGAAGUCCUGGGAAAUCAGGAAAAAUCAUUCAACGAAACGGACAGGUUUAGAGAUAGAUGGGGAUUCGAUCCGUCGACCGGACGACCCGUGAACGGAUCGAAAUACGAGUGGGAAGCGAUCAAAUCAAGCGAGGUGCCGUCCUACUACACCAAACCCUAUGCACAGAAAGCUGAGAAACGUGGUUACGAUGGUUCGAGGAGACUGGACACACGGCAGCAGCGCAGCGGCACUUCUCGACCCCUGGGGUCGCCCAAACGAAAACUGGAUCUUUAUAUCAACGACGAGAACCACCAAGUUCUGGAAGAGGAUCAAGUUGACCGUGUGUCGUGUAAGGACCAGAUGGACGACACCGCGAAAAGCGGGGACAGCUCCAGUUCGAGUGUCUUGAUCAGCGAUCGAUUGUGUCCUUCGAAUUGCGUGUCCGAUUCGCCACCUUUUGGAUUAAUACCUAGAUCGUCGUCCAGCAGCUCACUCCCGGAGCUCGAGUCGGUGCCUACCAGUCAUGAUAUUUUGGCUAAGGAAUAUUCAACGCCGACAUCGGCAUCUCCGAAAAGGUUAAACCAAAGUGCAAUAACAGGUAGGCAUUUUUUUCUCUUUCCCCAAUGUCAAUUUAAUUUACUUGUCAACGAAAAAAAUAAUUAAAAUUUCGAUGUUUUUAUCGAUGAGAUGAAAAUGUUAUCGAGAUGUUGUUGUAGUUGAGACAUCAGAAACGGAGAGAGGCGAGGUAUCAACUUAAUGGCGGUUGCCGUACUGAAGUACCGCUGAAAAAAUGAACAGAAAAUUACUGCUAAUUAGUCUUAGUCAGUUCUAUUGUUUUUCCCCUCUAUCUAACCUCCAUCUAGUUUUUAGACUUGCGUUUGCUAUUACUAUUGACUAUUGCAUUUGAGUUGAGUCUGGCCUGAUCAAUUUCGGCUUGGUAGAUUUCAAAUCGGGGAUCAAUACUUGAGACAGUCCGCUUCGCUGCCAUUGGUUAACUGUCGGAAUAUACAACUUUAUUUUAAGCAAGUCCUGGCCUGGCGUUUUUUUUUCACCCACAGCUUCAGGUCACUAUAGUCCUAGCUCUCAACUCUAGACCACGGCUACGCUAUUCUCCUCGUCUACGCUAUUCUCGGUGUACGCCUGGGCCAAAGUUUAGCGCUUGAAGGCCAAGCGUGUUCGUUCACAUAAUUUUGUGGAAAGGUCGCAAUCCUAAUCAAACCAAUACAGUACAAAUGGCUGCUACUGCUAUGCUACUUUACUUUAAAAUCGAGGCGGAAAAUUUAUUUAUUUUUAAAAUGCCUGCACUCUCAUUAGACUUUGUUGUUGCGUUUCAUUUAUUGUUAUUAAUGUAUAAAAUAUAAGCCUAACGUGUCUUUUGUGAUAUCAGCACAUUUUUUUACAAUUUUUUUUUCAUUUUUCUCAAUUUCUCAAUUUCCACAGACUUUCUCCCGCUUAAGAAGAAAAGAUGUCUUUCUUUCAAGUCCUCAGGCCAUUAAAAGGACAUGAACAGGUAUGUUAAAGUACAUCAUUUUUAUUUUAUUUAAGGGUGUUAAUCUACCGAGCAACCAUAAGCCAGACUACUUAAUAGUACUAAUGUAGUGAUCAAUUGAAAAACAUGAAUGAGGUUUGUCAAGUUGGUUCCUGAACCAUUGAGGGGCGCGAGGCGUUUAGGUGAGGGGGGGGUGGGGGUUGCUAGGGCUGUCGCCUUUGUUUAGUAACCUUCGAUCUUAGCUGUGACACAUCUGGACAUUGGCACCCAGUUGACUGGUGGUCCCGCACCAUUGCUGCAGACAAUGGAUGUUGGGUGACCUAGUGCCUGGGAUUUCUUUGUUCGGCACAUGCAGACAGUCAUGUCUUGGCCCCUAACUAUACAAAUCCUAUUGAGUUUUUCUUUUCUCUCUUUUUUUAAAAAAUUUAAGCAAGAAACUUAUCACUCUUCUGUUGGUGAAACGUAUAAGUUAUAAGAGCUGAGUAAAUUUAUCGGAAGCUAGUUAGUUCGUUAACAUUUCAGUAGAAAAAUAACAAACGCCUCGGAAGCUGUGUUCAUGGCUGGUUUAAAAGUUAUGUUAACAAAUUCAUGAAUAAUAUGAACCGAUUAGUUUUAGUGACCCACUUGGGUUUUGUACUAUCAAGUUCACAUUAGAAUUAGAUGAUUGUGAACUUGGCCGCUUCUUUUUUUAAUUUCUAAUUUAUUAGGUUAACAUGAUUUCGAAUGGCGAAGAUAAGUAUGGUAUUUGCGACACAUCUAUGACCUUAUUUGGUAGGCCUAACGCUAGGUGCUUCAAGGUUACACGUUAUCCUUCGUUGGCAGAAAAAGGUGGAGGUAGUGGAGUGGGGGGUGUUACGUGCGUAGUAGUAAAGCGUUAGUAGGGAAACUCUGAAGUGCAGCUGUGUGAUCUACAACACAAGCCAACAAGGCGUGAUGUCAUCCAAACAGCCCCCGUUCUUCCCUGCGCGUCUCUCCGCUUCGCUCUCUAUACACGCGGCAUGACCCAGUUCUUCCACACGCCCAGCACCGCCUAAAUAGGAACAUAUCGUGUUUUCGCUUGUUGUGCGUCCUCGCGUGUUGGUGGUGGUAGUAGUAGUACAGUGACUAUGUAUAGAGCUAGUAGGUAGUGGGCUGUGUGUUUACAAGCGUUGACUAUUUUUAGAUCCCUGGCUGUACUUUCAAUAAUGAAAAGCUAUUUACUAUUUAUCAUAAAUUGUUAUAAAGAUCGCAGUAGUUCAGGUGCUAUUUAUUAUAAAUAGUUGAUUGCAGUCCCCUAUCCUUUAUUAGUUAAAGUUAGCAUCUCUGUUUAAAAGUCCUUUCUAUGACUAUAAAUCACAAUAUGUGGUUAUAAUUAAUCACUUGAUUGUUAUAAUUAACCACUUGAAAAUGCAAUAUUAAUAGCUAGUAAACUGUUAACCAUUGAAUAUAAUAAAUUUUGAAAAAGUUGUUGUCACAAAUAUUAAUUCAACCCCAAAAGGGAAGAGAGCAAUAAUGAAAACAUUGGGCUGCAUUUCCUAUGCAGCUUUAACCUUAACCAUUAUCUAUACGUCUAAUCUUAAAUAAAAGACGUCUAAUCUUAAAUAAAAGACGUAUGUUAAAAUGAAUGGAAUGUUAAAUAUGUUAUUGGCUGUAUAAGUAUAAAUUUGUUGUGAUUUGUCUUUCCAAAAUGAUUCUCCAUUUAUUUCUAUUUCAUGUCUUCUCAUUUCAGAUUUGUAAUAUAUUCGUCUACUACUAAGAAGGCUUAUUGGACCAUUAUGAAGUGUAGAUCAUGUUAACUGAAUGAGAAGGAAUUUUGUCAGUUAUAGAGAAAGAGCAAACAGGCUGCCGUGUUGCUAUGGCAGAGAUCCGCUGACUGUGUGGGACUUUUCUGUGAUGGUGCUUGAAUAAAAACCGGGACCGCUGCAAUAAAUUGGGACAUGUCCUCGCGGUCAGGAGUGACCAUAUUUACAGGAAACACAAGGAUGUGUCCUUAUGUUCACGUUCAUACAUUUAUGCUUCUUCUUGUCAUAAAAUUUACAUGAAAUUGAGUUACAUUUGUGGCCUCUUCAUUUUUUUCUAUCUUAUUUUUGUCACCUCAGUGUUAAUGUUUGUAUUAAAUAAUGCUGUUGCCAUUUUCCAAAUUCGGCUUAACAUUUUUGUAAAGAAAUGGAAGGUGUCCUUUUGAAGUAUAGUGCCACUGGCAGUUAUUGCCAUUGAUAUGGCAUGAUAAAGUAGUUAUCCACUGACCUUAAGGAAUCAAGUGCAUUUAAAAAUAUAAUUUUUUUUUUAUUAUUCUUUUGGUUUCUUUAGAAAUAAUUUGUUCAUUUUAUUGACCUUUUUUCCCUUUUAAUGUGAAUGUAUGUUUGAUUGUUUUCUUUUAAAGACUAAAAUAUUAUGAUAUAAAUAUUUUCUUCAGUUAUUUUUUUUAGUACCAUACGAGCACAGAUCAAAAAUUAGUUAUAGGCAUUGGCUUGUGCAUUUGUCAGGGAUUUCAUGAUAUAUAUGUUAUCAUAUGCCCUUGUCAGUACUCACUGGCGUGUUAUUUUAUCAUGUACCACUAGCUUGUUGGUAUGAGUAGAGCUGCCUUAAAAGCUUUUUUUUUUUUUUCCUUCUUUUUUUUUUUUGUUUUCUUUAUUUUUCUUUUUUUUUUUUUGGCACUUGUAUUUCGCACUAUUUAUACUAAACACAUUUUUGAUUGUACGCUUGAGAUUGUUAUCAGNUUUUUCCCCAGGGGGCCCCUUUAGGAUUUAUUUUUUUGCGCCCCCCCCCCCCCCUCUCUGCUAAUCAAGAUUUUCAAUUUACAUUUUGUAGCUAGCGAUUCAUUUCAGCAUUGUCAGAAUUGAGUAAAUUGCAUAAGUUAAUAUUAUGGAGGAUCAUUUUCCGUUACUUUUUAAUAGGUCUAUCUCUAAAAUUUUAACAUUCCCUUAGGAAUGGUCUAACGAAAACAAAGUAAACUAACUUUUUUCAAUAUCCAUGCUACAAAUGAUUGUUCUUAUUUACUUAAUUGUUUUUUUUGUCUAUAUCCCAGAGUUUUAAUUGAGGUAAAUAUACGAAAGAAAGAUGGUCAUUUUCUUUUGAAUUGGUAGAAAAAUAAAAGGCAUACACACGCCGCG